UGCAAACUGAUCUAGCCUUGUUAAGGUCUGCAUUUUGGGUCCACGCCUCUGUUUCCCUGCCGUUGCAUUCAGCCUUCCUGAAAGUUCUGUCUUCUACAUGCAACAGAAACAUAACACUAAGACUGGUAGUUUACCUCUGGAUAUGGCCACAGACUCCAUUGAUGACAUGUAUGAUGGAUGCCGAACUGAAGCAGCCUCUGUGAUUGACUUGUUUGGCGUGUUCGAGUGGCACCACAACACAUACUUCAGUUUUGCCUGGGCUUUAGCUGAAAGACAUGCAAAGCCACCUGUGCAUGAGCACCUGACAGAAGAACAUGCGAUAGUUAUGUACAUGUACACAAAAAUGAAAACAAUCCAACAAGAGUUCAACAAAGCAGUGAAAACAGGCAAACACAAGUACAGCACGCAGGGAUUUAAGUUCCACUAUCUUUACUUCCACCUGACCGACGCCAUUCAAGUUCUGCGGCACAAUCAGGCACCAUGCAGAACCACCUAUCACAGGACGUGGAAGGAGUUUAACCGCAACGUCAUCAACAGAAACAUGCGUUUUGGUGCUUUCACCUGGGCAGCUUCAAGCAAGCAGUCAUUUGAUUUUAAUGGCAAUGUGUCUUGUUUUGAGAUCCACUCGUGCUUUGGUGCCGAUAUAACAUAUUACUCUGCUACAAAACAAAUGGGACAGGAGCUUAUUCCUCCCUAUGAGGUCUUCAAAAUCACUGAUGUCCUGACAAAAGACCCAUGGUGCAGUGUGGUCUACAAGCUGCAGAGCACCAAAAUACCAAGAGGAGAUUUAAAUUGUAAACUGAAUCAAAGGCAAAUAAAAUCAUAUUUUACAGUCAUUAUAACACACUGGCUAGCAAGCAGUGCUGGGAUGAUGUCAAUAUACAUAAUGCUGUUGAUUAUAAUAUCUUUAGUCCUUGUAAAACGCAGGCAGAAGUGUUUUGUGGCUGCAGUGCUGAGUGCUUUGCUGGUGCUGAUGAUUAUUCUGGUGAUAUUGAGAGUGCGCCACUAAUCAAAGAGGGUUAAGGGUGUGUUACUGGGACGCUUAAUCUUGUUAAUGCCACUGAGAAUUCACAAAUUAUGUUUUUGAAUAUAAUAAGGGAAUAAAAAUAUUACCUGAGCUCCGUUUCCAGAGACUAUAUGGUGCACAAUAAACAUAGCAACAACUCACAAAUUUUUAUUUUGUUGAUUAUUGACAUCAAAAUGACAUUUAGUGAAUACUGAAUAUAUGCUAUAUGGUAUAAAAAGUAGCCUAUCAUUUCAACACUUAUACACUACCCCAGCUACCCCUCU